UUGGCUGUGUCUUUACAAGCCGCAGUGACGUCAUCGGGGAUGUGCAGGAGCCGCUGGUGUCCCGAGCCGAAGAGACGAGAUCCUCUCGCGUCGGUGUCUGUGCUCUCGACCCAGGAUCAGACAUGUCUGACUUCUCAGAGGACCAGAUCCUUGAGUUCAAGGAGGCCUUCCUCUUGUUCGACCGGACCGGUGAGGGGAAGAUCACCUACAGCCAGUGUGGCGAUGUCAUGCGGGCCCUUGGGCAGAACCCCGUCAAUGCUGAGGUGCUCAAAGUCUUGGGAAACCCCAAAUUAGAAGAGAUGAACCACAAGAUGCUGGAUUUUGAGCAGUUCCUGCCCAUGCUUCAGGCCAUUGCUAAGAACAAAGACCAGGGCUCCUAUGAGGACAUCGUAGAGGGCCUGCGAGUCUUUGACAAGGAGGGAAAUGGAACAGUGAUGGGAGCAGAGCUUCGUCAUGUCCUCACAACAUUAGGUGAAAAAAUGACAGAGGAGGAGGUGGAGACUCUUUUAGCAGGACAUGAAGACGCCAAUGGCUGUAUUAACUAUGAAGAACUCGUCCGGAUGGUGAUGAGCGGUUGAGGAGUUCAGAAACGCACUUCCAGCUUCAAUUUUAUUCCGAAAUAUUUUUGUAUUGUUUGCCCUGGUCUUGCCCUCCCAUCCAUGUCAUCCUACCUCCAACAAGUCUUUGUUUUUUUUUUUAAAUUUUAUUUAGAUUAGUCUUCAUUUUAUUUCAAAAGUGCCUUUUCUGUCCAAUGUGACGAGACCCUUUCAUCUCAUUUUGCAAACUUUAUUCAGUCUCGCAGGCACAAUCGGUCAACCGCUGUCAGUCUUGUCUAUAUGAUUUUUGGAUGGAUAUGAUAAUGUGAGGUUACAUUUAACAGUAUUGAAUAAAGUGUACAAAGUGUC